AUGAAAACCUCCGAUGGUGAUUUCAAUGACAAAAUAGUGGAGGUCAGUAUGAAGCUUCAAAGAGUAGAUAUCAGAGAUCGAGAUGUAGUCGGUGAGAAAUAUUUGCAAGGAUUUUAUUGGACAAAAGAAAGCUCUCUCUCGCUCUCUCGCUCGAUUUCUCAGGCGAUUUUCUUCUCGCCGGCGCCACCACUUCGACCAGGUGAUUUCAUCGCCGGUCUACCCUCUCACUUCCGGCGAACGGUGGUCCGGCGUUCUCUACUUCUUCAACAGGGGAGAUUUUGCAUGACCAAAGAGCAAAUGGAUGCAUCCGGUGAUGAUGAUGUAAAGGUAGUACUACUGGACUUAAGCCAUGAUGACUCCUUGUCCAAAGCUGGUUUUGCACAUGAGGUGGUUAAAUGUAUCCAAGAAUUACGUGAAAUAUCUGAACUUGAACCCACCUACCCAGUGGAGGUCUACUUCAAGUCCUUGGAUGAUGACACGUCAGCAUCUGUCCAAAUUUUAAAGUCUCAGGAAGCAUACAUCAAAGAGGCGAUAUGUUCUCCUUUACUAGACUCUACCUUCAUUCCCGAACAUGCUGUAGUGAUUGCUGAGAAAACGUAUCGCAACAUUUCAAAUUGUGAUUUUGAGAUCACUUUGACAAGACAAACAUUAACAUUUUACGAUAAAGCAAUCCUUGAUUUAUAUUCAGGAAAUGCGAAAUAUGCAAAUGCAUUGAAGGUGUAUUUGUUGUCCAGGGACCACUUCAAUCUCAAAACAGAAUUUCUUGUGGGAAUUAAUCAGAUUAAAGUGGAUUGCAUUGAAGGUCUGCCUGAUGUUGAUGUUGUGUUGGGAGAGCACGUGUUCUUAACAGUUGGGGAUUAUUACUCCCAAACCACCAACAACAAAUCUUGACCAUAAGUUCUUUUGAUUAAAAAAAAUGUUGAUU